AUGGUAGGGUGCAAUAUUACAGCGCUAAAGGCCUCCAUUCAGACUUCUGAUCUCUAUUAUGACAUCAAGCUGACCUUGACCUGCCUGAGUUAUGGGAUUAACUUGCUGCUGAGUGCCCCCUUGCUGCUAGCCAUCAUCCGGCCACCUGCUCUCUUGAGCAAACUGCGCUUCAUGCUGUUGGCCCACCUGCUCUGCUGCGACAGCCUGCAGUUGCUUCUCCUGAUGCUUCAGGCUGCCCUGCUCACCUCCAGGCUGGGCAUCCGCCUGGCCCACUGCCUUGUCUUCUCCUUGGCCUCGCAGGCUUGCUGCAUGGUGGACGUGCUCCUCAGCGCCGCCCUGGCGGUGGAUCGCUAUGUGGCAAUCAAGUGGCCUCUUCGCUACGAGCUGCUGCUGAGCCCCACCCGGCAGCGUGUCCUGGUGCUGGCCGUGUGGACAGCCUCCCUCCUCGCCGGCUCGGUCACCUUGUACGUGGCCUUGAAAAACAUGCAGGUGGACCUUUUCCUGCCGCGCUGCCGAGUGCUGCUGGUGGCGGACUGCAUCUCUGAGGCCUCUAUGCUGCGGGCCUUUUCCCUGGCUAUGGGCGCCCUGGUGCUGCCUGCCUGCUACCUGACCAUGCUGGCCUGCUUCCUGCUGCUCUGCAGGGACACAAGGGGGCUCCUCCGCUCGCACCGUGCCAGGGUCACGCUGGCCAUGCAGGCAGUGCAGAUGCUCUUCUACUCGGUGCCCAUCCUCAUGGACAGCUACCUGCUGCCCAGCACCCUGCACUGCGACUCCCUGGACACCGCUGCCUACACCAUCUACAACCUGGGAGUCUCUCUGAUCCCACUGGUGUAUGGCUAUCGCUCCCGGGAACUGCAGAAGAGGGUGCAGCCAGGUGCCCUGAGAAAUCACAUUCACCUCCGCCAGUGA